GUAGAAAACAAUUUCUGGCAUAUGGCAACUGGAUUCAUUCGACUGUCAAAUAAUAACGGUUGCUGAACACCUGCCGAUUUUUUUUGUUUACACUAUUUAAACGGAAAGUUAUCAAUGAAAGUGAGCGAUUUAUGAUAAAAUUACAGAUAUAAGUUGAAAGUUAUUGUGUAUUGUGCGUGCUGAUACUGAUUUCCUUGAUGUUUGCUGCAGUAUAUUGUAAUUUUCAAGAGUGCAAUGGACCCAGUAAACAACAAUCAAUUUGAAAUAGUCCCAGCAAAGAGUAAACGGAAGAUAGCAACUCCUUGCCCGAACGCCUACCUCAACCCAGCAUUAGACAUCCUUGCCAACGAGGACCGUAUGUGCAACACCGCUAUGGAGAUCACACAACCCAUCAAGAAGAGGAAACGAACUCGCAGCUGUGGUGACAUCGCUACAUUUGAUAACUCUGCAUUAGAUCUAGGAGUAAAAAAUACAGCAGUUAACAAAUUACUAGCUAGAGAGAUAGAAAAUGUACGCAAAAACGUCAGACUUGAUGCAACUGAAGAUACGAGUAUGGAUUCAAGUGAACCAAUCUAUGCAAACUUAACAGGAGCCCCACAGUUGCCGCCACGUAAUGAUAACUCUAUAACUUUCCGAGAUAUCACCCAAGACAGCUGUCAGUCACAAAGUAUGCAGCUAAACAAUGAAGUCAUGAACAUGUCUGUCACUCAUGAUGAUAUUGAUUCUGGAAUAUCAGUGCUCGAACAGAAAUCUUUAAGCACCAUGACAAAUGAUGACACAAAAGUAUUUUCACCAAUAACUAAUAUACAAACAAAUGUGACAAACCAAGUAUUUAUCAACAAUUCAAAUAAUUUGAAUCUGAGUUUCAUAGACAGACUUGGUUUGGACUCACCGAAUUUAUCAAACCAAUCAUUAUUCUAUGAUGACGAUUUGAACGAAAGCAAUAUUAUGGAAAUCAAAACUAUCACAAUUAUUACCAAGAAGAAGAGAAUUAAUACUAAGAAUACAAAUCCUUUCCUAGAUCCAAAUAUAGUGAAUGCUUUGCCAAGAGAUAUUCCAAGUGAAAAUCCAUUUUUGAAUCUGGAUUCAACAAAGCCUGAGUUGGAAUAUAGUGAGGAAGUUCUCACCAGGCCUGCCAUACUUCCAAACCAGAGUGAAAAAGUACUUGAACCUCGCAGAUUAUUUGGAGACACAAACAGUACAAUAUCCACAGUAAAUGAAUCUCUUGACGGUCAACCUGAAUAUGAGAACAUAGAUAACUAUAGACCAGAAAGCCCAGUUUACGAAAAUAUUGAUGAAGUCAAUGAAUUUAAUAAACAAAGCAGGAUUUUAGGGCAUGAUGUGUCACAGUUUAGUGCUGUAGACAUUAUCAAUUUGAAUAAAAACGCUCAUCAAGACUCCUCAAAUGAUUCCAAUGACAGCAAAAAGGUGAAGAACCCAUUCUUAAAAGUCGGCAACAGAUUAUCCAAAAGAGUGUUCAAGACUUUAAGAAAGACAUUCAAGGGGGAGAAGACAGAAAAUAAUGUGACUAUAAAUCCAUAUGAAGUACCGAGAAAAUUGCCAAAACAGAAGACUGAGACCAAAGAAUCUGGAAUUGAAAACCCAGCACUGAACUUAGACAAUUCUGAUGAAAUUGAGAUUGAAGAAAUUGAUGAACAUGAAUAUGAGACUGUUAAAACGAUAAGGAAUACACAUCUUAAUAUGAAUAUAACUCCUUUGAAGGAAAGGAGUGAUAAUGCUGAUAUUUCUCACAAUAAAACCAACACUCCCGGAAAGAAAGUCCGGUUUGAUUCUACUCUGAAUCAAGAGAAAGUGAUAACAGGAAAUAGUUUUGACUAUGACAUACAAAGUCCGGGGUUCGACGCUAAAAUAGAUAAGUACCAUGAUGAGCUAGAAAACUGUAUAAAUGAAAGGAAAUUUUUACAGCAGAAUAUGUAAGAACAUAAUAUGUAUUUCAUCACUAAUAGACACACUCUAUGAGAAUCUGUCACUAAGUAAAAUUUCUAUGAGAAUCUGUCACUAAGGAGUGGCUUAAGUAAUCAUUAAAUGUCUCUGAGUGCGGGGUAAGACUUAUUAUUAUUAUACAUGACUUACAAUAUGUACCUUGUACAAUAGAUUUCAUGAACUGACAUGAUUUUUAACCAAAGCAUGUAAUGUUGGACUUAAAUUACGGGAAAAUUUGUAAUGUACAAACAGUACCUCUUUCAUCAUCAUCAUCAUCAUCUCAGCCAUAGGACGUCCACUGCUGAACAUAGGCCUCCCCCUUUGAUCUCCACAGGUACCUGUUGGAAGCGACCUGCAUCCAGCGUCUUCCGGCGACCUUUAUAAGGUCGUCUGUCCACCUCGUUGGUGGACGUCCUACGCCUCGUACCUCUUUACUAAGUACCUAUGUAUUUAUUUGAUAAGAUUUUCAGUCAUUAUAAUUUUAUUCUAAGUUAGAUUAUGUUUUAUAGAUUUUAAUUUCAAUGUACUUAUUUGAAUUGUGAUUUUUACAUGCGUCGAUUAUAUUUAUAAGCAUUUUAGUAGUAAUUUAUACUAUUAUAAUUUAAGUAUUUUCCUAUGGAGUCCAAAGCAUAAUAUUUUCCAAAGUGAUAGUUUUAAGAUUGAUGAUUUUGUGUUAUUUUCUUUUUUUUUAAAUUAAUCAUUCUUGCCUUUACUAAAAUAAUGAAACCCGUAAAUGUAAAAUUAGAGGCUCUCUAU